AUGAUGAGGACGAGUCUUUUCAGCCGUCGGACUAUAAGGCAGGGUGCGAUCUCGGCUGUGGGAUCUGUGAAGAUCAAGUUAUUGCUCGCCUGUGUUAUUGUAUUCACUCUAAUCGCGCUCGUCGGUCGGACGCCAUCGUUUAAGGGAUGGAAACACCAUGAUGCUUCGCUCUAUCGAUCCUCUCCUCCCAGGAAAAAGUAUGCCCUGUUGAUUAACACGUGGAAACGAAAUGAUCUUCUGAAGCAGUCCAUAUCCCAUUAUGCAUCAUGUCCAGGGCUUGGUUCUAUACACAUUGUGUGGAGUGAGCCUGACCCUCCUGCAGAUUCUCUUGUUAAAUUCCUUAACCAUGUUAUACAGUCGGAUUCUAAAGAUGGUCGAAAAAUUGAAUUGAAAUUUGAUAUCAAUAAGGAAGACAGUUUGAACAACAGAUUUAAAGGAAUCAAGGAUUUCAAGACGGAAGCAGUCUUUUCAAUUGAUGACGAUGUUAUAUUUCCUUGCACUUCAGUAGAACUUGCUUUUAGUGUCUGGCAAACAGCACCAGACACAAUGGUUGGAUUUGUACCACGACUCCAUUGGGAUGAUAGAUCGAAAGGCAAUCAGGAUAACUACGUGUACCGGGGAUGGUGGUCUGUUUGGUGGACGGGUACAUACAGUAUGGUUCUCUCUAAAGCUGCUUUCUUCCACAAAAAGUACCUGAGUUUGUACACACACAGCAUGCCAUCGUCUAUAAGAGAAUAUGUAACCAAGAACAGGAAUUGUGAAGAUAUUGCAAUGUCUUUCCUUGUUGCAAAUGCAACUGGUUCUCCUCCCAUUUGGGUAAAAGGUAAAAUAUUUGAGAUUGGUUCGACUGGAAUUAGUAGCUUGGGAGGUCACACUGAAAAGAGGAGCCACUGUGUUAACUUGUUUGCGGCUGAGUACGGGAGAAUGCCAUUGGUAUCAACUUCGAUCAAAGCCAUGGAUAGCCGCAGUAGCUGGUUUUGGUGA